UGUAUAUCAUAGGCUCCUAAAAACACCGAGUAGACAUUCUAAUUCAUACCUACACAUAUCCCUAUCAGAAUAAACACGGUGCUUAUCAUCAAAUUACACGAAUAAAAUGAUAAAUGCCAUGUUCAGCAUAAUGUUCGCACGAAAAGAAUGAUAUUAUCAACAUGGUAAGUGUUGUUUGAGAUUGUGAAUUACAAAAAGUUUCGAUUUGUGUACUACGAAAAAUGUUGGCGAUUUUGAGGAUUAUUUAACAAUGAUAGAUUUCGAGGUAUCGCACGCCACUGUUUUUUCUUCGAGGUACCGAAAAUGUUAUUUAAAAUUUAUUAGCGUUCGAUGAAAAUUCCAAUAAUUCAAAUUACACAGUCACAUCCCUACCACAACCUUGCUUAGGGUGUUACAAGAAUGCAUAGGGGCAGCGGAAAUUGCUACCUACUGGGAAUGAAUUACAAUGAUCGCUGACAAAUAAGAGUCUAGGAAUAUAUACGCUGACGACCCUUCAGAAUUAUCAGUCGAGGUUUCCAGUUAACAAAGUAGAGUACAGAAAGAAAACGCCAUGUCUAUGACGAGAGAAUUGUGCGUGCGUCUCAGCAAAAUCACAAUUCAAUCAAAACGCGAUUGUUCUAAAAUAGCUCGCGAUUUUCGGGACGUACCCUCGCCUAGGGAAUUGCCGAUAAUAGGCACGCGAUUGGCCAUACUGGCAGCGGGUUCAUCGAAAUAUCUGCACGAAUAUGUGGACAAGAGACAUAGAGAACUUGGGCCGAUAUACCGUGAAAGGCUUGGUCCAGUAACAGGUGUGUUUGUCUCAGACCCAGACUCAAUACGAAGUAUAUUCUCACAAGAAGGAAAAUACCCCAUUCACGUGAUCCCAGAAGCAUGGACGUUGUUCAAUCAAAAGCACAACUACGACAGAGGACUCUUUUUCAUGAACGGACAGGAAUGGCUGGAUACUAGAAGAAUUAUGAACAAUCUGUUGCUCAAAGGGGAUAUGUCCUGGAUGGAGGAAGCUGCAGAUGCUGUGAUCACAGGUUUCCUGGAGGAUCUGGGGAAAAACGGGUCCUUGAGGACUUCUUUGGAUUCGGAAUUUUACCAGGUAUUUCUCGAAGUGAUCGUCAGUGUCCUUCUAGGUGCUGACACCUACAGGAAACACAGAGAUGUCAUUCAACAGCGAGUCAACCAUUUGGCACAGUCUGUACAGUUGGUCUUUGAGACGACGAUGAAGCUGGAACUGUUAAAGGUCAAAUGGGCAGAGAAAUUGGGACUGAAGAGGUGGAAACAUUUUGAGUUAUCCAUGAUGAACGCCCUGUCAGGCACCGCUCGGAUGUUGGAAAGAUUAACCGAAGAAUGUGGUCACGGCAAUGGUUUGAUGGAGAUGUUGAGAGCCAAUAACCUUAGCGAAGAUCGUAUAAACGCCAUAGUGACAGAUUUGUUCUUGGCUGCAGCUGAUACCACUGCAUACACGAUGCAGUGGAUGGUAUACAUGGUGACCAAAAAUCAGAAUAUACAGGAUGAACUUAGAAGCCAGCUGGGUGAUCCAGAGUCAAGAUACCUGAAAAAUACCCUGAAGGAAACCCUGAGGCUCUAUCCUGUGGCACCUUUUAUCACUAGGUUUCUAACACACGAAUCCUGCAUAUCUGGUUACAGGAUUCCAGCGAACACCCUGAUAGUGAUGUCUAUAUACAGCACUGGAAGGGACGAAAGGUACUUCGACAACCCUCUGGAGUUCCUGCCUGAACGCUGGAACAGGGAAAACAAGAGUAGGGUGACGAGACAGGCAAGUUUACCCUUCGCCAUGGGCUCAAGGUCUUGUGUGGGGAAGAAACUUGCAGAAUAUGAGCUCCAGACAAUGUUAUCCCAGCUGGUGGAGAACUUUAAGAUCGAGUUGCUCAACACCAAAGAGAUUCGGAUGGUAAUGAAGAUGAUAGCUGCACCUUCCGAACCUAUAAGACUCAAUCUGAAGAAAAUUUGAUGAUAUAUCCUGAUUGAAAUUUGUUUUUGUUGCUGUUAUCUCAUGAAUUUUAAUUCGUUAGACUUCAGUAUGGUCGAUAUUGUUACCUUGUUGAUGUACAUAUGUGAAUUGUUUACGCAAAAGUUUGUUUUUAUUUUAUACUGAAAUAUAUAACGUUACGAAGU